AGAGAGAGAGAUCAGGAGGCGCCGGCGGCCAUGGCGGGAGAGGUGAGCAAGGAGGAGCUCCGGAGCGUCCUCAUGCAGGCCAUGAUGGCCGCCAAGAACUUGCGCCCGCAGCGCGACCGCCUCCUGCAUCUCCAGCGCCGCCUGCAGCGCCUCCAGGCCGCCACCCCGGGCCCCGACGAUGCCAAGCUCCGGGACCUCGCCACGGACCUCUUCAAGGUCUACUACAUCGGCAUGGAGGCCGGCGCCCGCAUGCUCAGCACCUGCCUCGAGCUAGCCGUCAAGAACGGCGGCCGCUUCGCCAUGAACCCCUCCUUCGCCGUCAUGCCCGACGAGCAGCUCCACGACGCGCUGCUCGCGCAGCGCCUCCCGGCCCGCCCCACCACCCAGCCCGAGGCCUUGGCCCGCGUCGAGGCCGCGCUCUUCGCCGUCAAGCUGCCCGAGGAGUACCACAUCCCGCGCUGCAUCGAGCACCUCGCCGGCUCCCGGCCCCCGCACCCCGGCGGCAAGCACGACACCGCCUCGCCGGACGGCAAGCUCAGGACAGCCAUCGACCUGGACAAGGCGUCCGACUUCCUCGAGCGCGGGUGCACCAUCCUGAGCCUCGCCGUCAAGCACGUCGACCUCGCCGUCGCCGUGCUCUCUCGCUUCCUCGACCGCAAGGAGCUCGCCAGCCUCGCCGACUUCACCGACAAGGUCGCCUACAUCUCCGAGGACGGGCCAUAUCCUUCAACAGAUUAGGCAGCUCACUACUUCACCUGAUCGAUCCAGGCUGUCGACAAGCGAUUGAAAUGUUGAUCUUAGCCAUGCUCAUGCUAUCAGUCUUAUUUACCUAGGAUGAUCUGUAGCUACUUUAUUAUUCAGACUUAUGGUUUCAGUUCAGUUUGGUCAGAUUAAUCUGCUGCUAUGCUACUACUAUUUGUGCUCAAUAACUUUCUGGAUGGCUGUGGCUAUCUUUCUGGAUCA